AUGCCAAAGGAGCUUUCAAAAUCAAAACUGAGAAGAGGAGAAGUUCGAAGUCUCUCCAGUCGAGGUUUACUAGCUUUGAGAUGGUGUGACAAUAUAUACUCAGCAGCAAACAUUGUAAUGCUGACAUCGUGGAUACGAGAAAAAAGAGAGAGGAAAGAUGGAAAAGAGGAGAAUGUUUUAAAACCAAGUUGUGUGAUUGAAUACAAUAACGGAAUGGGAGGCGUCGACAAAAAUGAUCAACAGUUGCCGUGUUUUCCGGUUAUGCGAAAAUAUAUAAAAGAAUAUAAGAAAAUAUUUUUUUACAUGUUUGACAUUGCACUCUGCAAUUCAUAUGUUUUAUAUAACAAAAUCAAUAAUACCAACAAAAUCGGAAUUGGGAGCUUUCGACUGGACAUAGCAGAACAAAUCCUACAAAAAGUUACACUACCGGAUUAUAAAACCCGAGGACGUCCUUCAUGUAGUGACACCCCGGCUAGGUUGCAGGCUAAAAGAUGGGGACAUUUUGCAGAAUACAUUCCUUCAACUCAGAAUAAAAGAAAACCUACUAAGAGGUGCCGUGUGUGUUACAAGAAUAAAAUUAGAAGUGAGACUCCCUGGCAGUGUAAGCAAUGCAGGAUUCCUUUGCACUUACCAGAGUGUUUUGAAAAGUACCACAGGCUUGAAGAUUAUUAA